UCAAUUACGUCAUUUUCAUCAUGAUGGAAAAUUUAUAGCUAAAAGUCAAAACAAAGAGCAAGAAUAUUUUAAAUCGCACUUAAUAAUGGAUCGGUAUUCACCGUAAAAUUAUAACUAUUGUAAACUGGUGCAAAGUAAAACAAAAAAUUGUAAGAAACCUUGCGGUAAAUAUGGCAUCAAAACACUUGGGUAUUAUAAAAGAAGUGGAAAGUUUUGAAGUGCUUCCAGAAGCGGUAACAUUGCCUGAUGAAACUGAUCAAAAUGUUGAGACUGCGGUCGAAGCUAUGAUGACAGUGUCUCCAGUACAAAUACAACAGGAAUAUUAUGAAAAUUUGGGUGAUUGCGAUUGGGUCAAAUACGAAAAAAGUAAUAGAAACUAUUUGCUUCAAAAUGUGGCAUUUGCACUGUUUGGAGGACCAAGCACUGAAGGAGAGUUAUCUGAGGUCAUCGGAGACCAGCAUGCACACCUUGAAGGAUACACUAGCAGGCAGAAAGAACAAGUUAUGAGAGUCUAUGAAAAAUUGUGUGAACAAAGUAAAUAUUCAUACAACGAUGACGACAUUGUUAUGUCUGUGCUUCUGGUGGUGUGUGCUAAGCCUAAACCUCUGAAAUUUUAUGAGAUUCAACCCGCAAACUAUUGGUUGGACCUCCAUGAGAGAACCGAUAGUGACAUAUGGUGUACCGCCGUGUUCAGAGUCCGGAAAUGUAUACCUACUACUGUUGGAAUGAAAUCAUGCCGCGUAUACAUAGAUGAGAAUGCAAGGGUUUAUCACGACUGGGAAUCUUAUUUGACAAACAAUACUUUGCCAAAAUGUGUUAUCAUUGUACCCGAAAAUGGAGAAUAUACUGGAACACUUCUAGAGGGAGAAGAUACAUUUGCUGUAAAGUUGACGGUAGCACCUUCACCAACAUUGGGUAUUAAGGCUCGAGUCCUCAGUUCUGUGGACACGGCCAGUACAGUGGCGUCUAUCGGCGCUAUUGGAGUGAUCGGUGUAGCAGCCUUCACGCCAGUAGCCCCCGUAGUACUCGCCGGCGCCGCAGUCGCUACUGUCGCCACUGGCGUUUAUGGUCUUGUACGCUCUUCCCUACAUCUGCGCGACAGAAGCGCUCAUGAACAAACGAUAAGUCCUACGGACGCGGAGGCGCGCGGUAGUUGGCUGAAUAUAGCGGCGUCGAGCGUUGGCCUGGCCGCGGGCGCCGCUAGCUCUCUGCUGUCGCGUUCCGCCGCCGCCGGGACUAAUAUGACCAAGACGGGACAAGCGCUGGCCGUGUCAGUAGAAGUGCUGCGUCACGCGAACAUAGUUACCGGUGGGGCUGGAGUUGUCAACAGCUUGCUGCAUAUCGUACUGAAGUAUCGCAAGCAUGGAGAGAAACCGACGAAGCUGGAACUCUUCCAGUUCGCGUCUGCAACGUUAUUCUUCUGUCACGCUGUGGUGUCUAACCGCACUGCUCAGAGUAUCAUCGAAGAUGCCCAGGCUAAAACUAUCAACGAAUACCGAGCCACGCUUAGGAGCAAUAGGCACAGGAAAAUGUUCGACAAAAUCAGCGCUGAAUCUAGAAGAAUACAAGGCGCCGUACAAGGCAACACAGAAGUCAUAAAAGGCAUACAGAACAUCUUCGACAAGGACCAGUACUUCGCUGAUGUACUCAGAAUAAACAAAGAUGUCAACCAACACAAGCUCAGAAUAUCCAUGACGUCUGACGGCCAAGUCAACUUGAACUCUCAACACAAAUUCAAUCCUUCAGAGUUGUACAACCUGGGUAAGGAAGGUAGGGCUCAACUGUUCAGUUCUCUGGGACCUGCUUCACUGAAUACCAACAACGUGCCUACACGGGUAGUUCCAUCGACUAACGCGGUCACAGGCUAUGUUGAAGGCGAAGAAGAAGGCACUCUAGUAGGAAUCCACCCCGGAGAAAUACUAAGAAUCGGUUCUCUACUCGUUCGGGUUAGUGCUUCAGGCGCGGAGAACGUAGCUCUCAUGCUAGAAAACCUUAGUCAAGACGUCUACGCCAACCUGAUGACAAUAGCCUUCAAUGUCUUAUCCAAACUUGUCCCAGAGGAAAUCGCCAGACUCAGACUACUGAGCCCUGAAGAAGACUUGAUAGUCCAAAUUGUUAAAUUCGUAUUCAAUUAUAUGAAACACCAAAGACCGCUCGGUGACCCGAGCAGAGAAAACGACAAUGGUAUUAUUAUAGUCUUAAAAGAAUUCUUCCAAGAAGGCGUUGUGCGCCAAGAAACAAUAUUGUUUUUGAAAGAUCGUCUGCUCUGCUGGAUCGAUAGUGAAAUGGAACAAAGGAGAUUGGAAUUCCCGAAUAAAAAGUCAAUAGUUUGUGAAAGUUGUAGAGGUAUCAGAUAUGUCUAGUAGAUAUAUUUUUUAUUCUACAUAAAUUCACAUAAUAUACAUUGUUAUUGUUUAUCAUCGGUUAUUGGUAUGGGCUUUGUUGAAAUAAUUACUAGUGUAGUUUAAUCUGCAGCGUCACUGGGGCUUUGAUAAGCACUAUAAUGUAGGGAAAAGGUAUCACAAUUAGGUAGUAAUACUUACAUGCAGUACUCAAUGCUCACUGAGGCACUGGGCACUCGAAGUAAAAUGCCGAAAAUAGCUACCAGUUAACAUUGUUGCUUGUAAGUUAAAGUCUUCCUUAUGAAAAAAUCUCGUCAUUAAUCUCCAUUUGCUUAAUUGGCUCAUAGAACGUUAGUAACAAAUUAAAUUAUAUCGAGAAAAGAAAGAAUUUUCUUUAAAAAAAUGUGAAUGCAACAUCGAUUCUAAAGCCUUAACAUUAAGGUACAAAUCACCAAAUUAGUCUGCAAAGAUUGUAACAGAAACAUAUCAAAAAUGUCCAAAUAUUUAUCUAUUCUAUAGUAUUGGAUAAUGAGGCUUUUUGGAACUAUAUUUAUAAAUAUUCUAUGAUAUUAAUAUUCCUAUAAUAUUUGAAAUAUUUAUAAUAAUAUACACAUGUGAUAGAAAUAAGCACUGUGAUAACGAAUAACUGAUUAUUUUGUAGGUUUUAAUAAUAUUGCACAAGGAACAGUGCCUUCUAACAUGUACCUGUAGAAAAUGUUAGAUAUUUGCAUACUAUCAGUAGACCUAUUAUGUAAUUAGUAUUAUAUUAGAUAAUAUAUUUAAUAUCCUGUAUAUGCUUUGUUAUAAGUAAUAAAUAUAUCUCAUCUCUUGUUUGUGUA